AUGACUCGUGGCAACCAGAGAGAUCGCGAUCGCGCGAAGAACAACAAGGAGCAGUCCAAGAAGAAAUCCAAGAACGAGCUUACUGGUACGGAGUUCCAGCGGAAGAAGGAGAGCGAUGCUGCCAAAAUGCAGGCCAAGCAGAAAGCAGCCGAUGAGCGCCGAGCAGCCGAAGCACUUGCAGCGGCGAAGAAAAAAUAA